ACUCCGCUGGAAGUGAGACAAGUUAUUGUUCCCGAGAGUUCACGAGCUGGUCUGGAAACAGGGUCUGAUAUUGUUAUUCCUGUUUCCUGUCAAGAUACAGGAGGUGUCCAGCUGCUUGGGGAACAACAAUCAUUGGUCUCAGGAGGAGAAGAGAUGGAGCUAGCUGGUGAUGAUGAUGAAGACAACACGCAAUCGUCCGUCCCUCAGAUAUCAUCGUCGUCCUCGUCCCAAACUUACCUCUUCUUCCACUAAACCAACCAGUGAAGCUGUCGACCAAUCAAGUUGCAGAAAGAGACAGCCAAUUGUUUGGGAUGAGCCGUCUUCCUCAGCUCCAUCAUCAAGUGGCCGUCCCUGAACUCAGUCAAAGAGACACAUCGUCUCAAGAUUCAAGACACUGGUGCAGGUAGAAGAAGUCUGAGGUUCAAGAAAGGACGGAAAAGGCAGCCGUUCCGAAAGUGAAAUCCUGUGAACUCAUCGUCUACUUACUAAUGCACACUUUACUUAGUAUUGAUUUUCGUUCACUGGAAUGUAAAAUGAUCUUAUUGUGGAUUUUACAUGGUGAUGUUACCUGCGUUUUCCGC